CGCGUAGCCAUUUUUAUGACGGACUUCGGCGGAGUGACCCCCCUUGAAAUCGGUGGGCGUGGCUUCACUCUCGCUGUCGAAAGGUCAGUUACAAGUACUGAAGAACACCUUGUAGGAAAUAACCGCCCCUAUCUAAAGUUAGUAAGCGUCACAAGUGAUCAAUUAACCAUGAGUGCCCCACCACCUCCAUAUUCAGAGAAAACGACGCUUCAGUACGAGACGACCCCCAUUUACCCGCCACAACAUCAAGUCGACAGUGCCGUGUACGUGCAACCACAUGCUGUUUACGUCCAAGCCUUCCGAAAUGUGCCCGUCCGAAUGCACUGCCAGUAUUGCCAAGCUGAAAUCGUGACGUCAACGUACACAGACAACGGAACGCUUACUUGGAUAGCAUGUUUUAUCAUAUUUUUAUUUUUUCCCCUUGGAUGCUGUCUCAUCCCAUUUUGUAUGGACUCAAUGAAGGACGUCGUGCACAGGUGUCCCAACUGUAAGCAGCAGGUCGGCAGGUGGAACCGCAUGUGAGCGCGAGAGAAUCGACGUGAAUAUACGUGAUGCUAAAAAAUCAAUGCACUAUAUUCCAUGAUAUUGUUUAACCCAUUUAUUCCUACUGGACUCUCCCAUCCUUCUACAUUGGAUCAAUUUAUUUUCAAAAUUAGGGAUGUCUAGUAUAUUUAUUUCUAUAUUUAGAAUAUUUCUUACAGAAAUUCCUGUAAGCAAACAGCGCAGACCCUGAUGAGACGCCGCAUCAUGCGGCGUCUCAUCUGGGUCUUCGCUGUUUGCCAAGGCCUUUUUUUCUAGACGCUAGGCAUAAAUGGGUUAAAUAUCAAAUAUGAAAAUAUGUGAUAUGAAGAUGUAAUUUACACUACCAUAGCUUAAAAGGGUAGCUAUGGAAAUCGAUUAAUUUAUACAGCAGACUGAAUCAUGUUAUGUACAUUACCAUAAUUUGUUUGUUGGACUCUACAAUCAUCAUGUUUUCGAUUUUUUUGUUAUUAUGUUACAUUUUCUAACGUAAACUUUUGCAUUUGAUAACAAUUACCAGUUAUACAACUUAGUAUCCAAAUCUGCCUGAAUCCUGUAGAAUAAUGUUUAUCAUUAUUAUUGAUUUAAUUUGCUUUGGUACACCAUUUGUUUUUUUAGUUCAGUUUUUGUGUUUUUUGUAUGUAGUGUUGUUUUGUAAAAUAAAUACACAACAUAUUA